GGGACCCAAACAGGAAGAGAAGUGACACAACGUGAAAGUCGAAGCGGAGCUGAACGCUGCAAAUCUUUAAAAUACACCAUUAAACACGUGUUUAUCUUCUUCACGCUGUCACAGCAUGUGGAGGGUUUAGUGGUUUUUACAUGUCGAGACUAGCAGCGGAGUCUCACGAUGUUUCAGGCCGCAGCGAAGACACUUUCUUCGGCUUCGACCUCCUCAGUUUCUCGGGGAAUCUCGUCAAGUCUUCGACAUUAUUGUGAGAAGAGGCUGAGAGUUUCUGAGGCUCUUUCAGGAGCUGAUCUGGGAACGAAUGUUAAAGUGCAGGGGUGGGUUCGUUCUGUCAGACCCCAGAAGACAAAUCUCUUUCUCCAUGUGAAUGACGGGAGCUCGUUGCAGUCAUUGCAGGUUGUCGCAGGCUCAGAGCUGAAUGAUCCGUCGUUGACAUUUGGCAGCGCUGUUGAAGUCACAGGGAUUCUUAAGAAGAGUCCACGUCAAACACAGCCGGUGGAACUGGAGGCUGAGCAAAUCCAAGUGGUUGGAAAAUGUAAUCCACUGGAUUUCCCCUUUAAAAUCAAAGACAGACACAGCCUUGAGUAUAUCCGUCAGUUUCCUCAUCUCAGGUGUAGAACAAACGCCUUCAGCUCCCUGUUGAGAAUACGAAGUGAGGCCACGGCAGCAAUUCACUCAUAUUUCAAGGAGAAUGGCUUUUUGCAAAUUCACACUCCAAUCAUCACCUCGAAUGACUGCGAGGGGGCCGGGGAGCUCUUUCAGGUUGAGCCAUCGGGCCCAGAGCACGAGGAGGAUGAGAACUACUUCUCCGUCCCGGCCUUCCUGACCGUGUCCGGUCAGCUUCACUUGGAAGUGAUGUCAGGAGCUUUUUCUAGAGUGUACACAUUUGGGCCAACGUUUCGUGCAGAGAACUCCCAGAGCAGGCGCCAUCUGGCCGAGUUCUACAUGGUGGAGGCGGAGGUCUCCUUCACACAGUCCUUGGAGGAUCUCACCAAGGUCAUGGAGGGCAUGUUCAGGUCGGCCACAGAGCAUGUGUUGGCUCGCUGUGCAGAGGAUGUGGAUUUGUUUCACAAGCAUGUGACUCCUGGACACAGGGGCACAGUAGAGGCCAUGAUGAAGAGGAGGUUCCCUGUGAUUACCUACAGUGAGGCUAUAGACAUCCUGAACAGCAGCUCUGAGACAUUUGUCUUCCCCACAAACUGGGGAUGUGACCUUCAGACGGAACACGAGAAGUACCUGGUGAAACAUUGCGGCAACACUCCGGUCUUUGUCACUGAUUAUCCGUACGAUCUUAAGCCGUUUUAUGCAAGAGACAACCUGGACGGCCCCAAGCACACAGCGGCCGCAGUGGACCUCCUUGUGCCAGGGGUGGGUGAGCUGUGUGGGGGCUCGCUGAGAGAGGAGAGGCUGGAUCUGCUGAGCGCUCGGCUGGAAGCGGUUGGUUUAGAAGAAACCUACAGCUGGUAUCUGGAUUUGAGGCGUUUCGGCUCGGUCCCUCACGGCGGCUUCGGGCUUGGGUUCGAUCGAUUUUUACAAUGUGUCCUCGGUGUCGACAACAUAAAAGACGUGAUUCCUUUCCCUCGGUUUUCCCAUUCCUGUCCCCUAUAAAACUAUAAAACUACUGUUCCAGCCUAAUAAAUACUUUUUAAAGUG